UGUUUCAGUAUCCGUAGAAACACCGUAACCAGUUAUCGAUUUUAAUCGUACGCCAACUCCUCAAUCGGAUUAAGAGAUUAUAGAACGUGUUUCUGAGAGAGAGACGCAGUCGAUUUUAGAGGGCAGUUGCAGAUAUGUGACCGCGGUCACUGGCGACAAUGUAAAAUGGAGAAUUCGUUAAGAAUGUUUGUAAUCAGCAUAGUUUUACUUCUACUCGGCGAUGCUGACCAAGUAAUAAGCAUGGUUGUGACAGGAAUGGGGACAUUCUCGUACAAUCUGUCCUGUUAUGAAUGUUCGGAAGCGUUUACAGACAAUCUGAAAUCGUACGAGCCUUUCACUCCCUGUCAAACUAACCUUGAAGAAGUAGACGUGAGACCCUGCGGUAGCAGGGAUUUAUAUUGCAAGGUUGAGAGGAAAUCCUUCAAGGGCCAGACUGUGACCAUUGAGCGCGGAUGCACCCAGCGUUGCCUCCACGGCUGUAAGUUCACCGGAUGGGGCAUUACGUUGAUGACGUGUACGUCAUGCUGCCAGGAGCACGUGUGCAACACAGGGAACAGGGCUCCAGGAUCACUGCACGCGCCCACAACACAGGGAGAACUCUUUUCCACUUUAUUCACAACACUAUUAGUUAAACGUGCAAUUAAUUUACUGAACAGAUAAAAAAGACAGAGGAUGUUCCUGAUACGAACCGUUAUUCCGUCUCAGAGGUAUCAUUUUUUUAGAUUGUGGUUGUUGAUGACAUUUUGAUUACUUUUUUGUUAGAAAAAUCUGAAAAAGUGACGCAUGUAGGAUCAGGAUUCCUAUCUUCCUAUGUAAUACGUCAAAAGAUUGGUUUAUUAAA